UAUUACUGUGGAAAGAAUGCAAAGAAAUUAUACAAGUAAACAGGUAGAAUUUAAACAGAGGAAGAGGAAGAAAAUCAGUGGGACGGGGCGGAAGGUUGUACGCAGAAGCUGGCAGCACCGGCGCUUCAAGAAACAUAGCCCCGCACCUCUGCUCGCGGUCCUGCAACGCUUGUGCCAGUUUUCUUUCGCAAGGGCUCCAGAGAAGAAGCAGAGGGGGGAGUACGCAGGAGGACGAAACAAAAGAAUUUUGUACCCGAUUUCGGGACCAACUGUGUUUGAAAGGAACAACAGAAACUGUUGCGCGACGUAAUCGUGGGAAUUCAAUGGCUGAAAAAUCAGGAAACACAGCAUGGUGUGAAGACGCGCAUCGGGAAAUUGGUUCGAUUUGGCGGACAUAAGAAGAAAGAAGGAGGUAGGAGAGAGGUGUAUAGAGGAAAGAAGAAGAAAAGAGGUGCGUGAGGACGCGUCGUGUUUCGUCGCCGUGUAGUGAGAGGUGAGGCGACGGCGGCGUGGUGAAAGCUCGAACUAGAGAAAAAUUCGGCGGUAACCGGUAGCACCAAAGCUACCAAGGUGUUCCGAAGUGCAGCAGCAGCGGCCCAGGAUGCUGCCCGACGGAGCAAGAAGAUGGCCGUGAUCGGCAAGCAGAGGUAUUACACGGCAGUCCGUGCAAACGCAUACACGGAGUUUUUGUGUCGUAGAUUUGAGACAGCGACAACUACGUCGCUGUCCUUCUCGUCCUCGACGUUAUCUUACCGUCAUCGUCGACAGAGAAAAAAGUUACACUCUGUACAUUUAGCUAUGUCCUCUUCACGAGGCAGCGGCCCGGAAUCGGGAGAACUCAGCGAUUCCGAAGAUGGUUAUUUAGAUACAGAUCCAUUGAGGUAUGAGCUGAGAAAUAUACAAAAUGUGAUACAUGUUACUCGACAAAAUAUUGAUACUCUGAAUAACCGCUUUGCUGGAUUUCAACAUCCACCUUCAAUAUAUUUAAAUGAAUAUCAAGAAUUAACUAAUAAGUUGCAUGAUUUAGAAUCUAAGGAACAGAAGCUCAAUGAAUUGUUGAAUGCUGGUCGAGUAUCCGGUAGUACUUCCACAUCAGAGAGCGAAUCUCGUGAUGCUAAUGCAUCUGCUAGAGGUCAAAGAACGCCAAUGAAAUCUCUGCUCAGGGCAUAUUUACCUAAUCAGCAGCGUACGAGUGUACAGGUUCGUGAAGGACUUUCGUUAAGAGAUGCACUUGCCAAAGCAAUGAAAUUAAGGAAUUUGACUACAGAAAUGUGUGUGGUAUAUAUUUUGGGUGCAGACAACACCAAAUAUCUUACUUCUUGGGACACAGACAUCUCGUUGCUUGAUUGCGAUGAAAUAUCUGUGGAAAUUUCGGAUAAGUUUCCAAUAACUACUUCCAUUUCUCAUAACUUUGUGCGCAAGACUUUCCUCACUCUAGCAUUUUGUGAAUGUUGUAGAAAACUCCUUUUUCAGGGAUUUUAUUGUAGAACAUGCAAUUAUCGGUUUCAUCAAAGAUGUACUGGUGGUGUACCUGCUUUGUGCCAUCAAGUACGUAUGCAAGAUGCUUAUUACCAAGCACUGCUAGCACAUAACCUUGAAAGUACUGCUGGGAUAUUGCAACUUCCUUCUGGCUAUGGAGUAAGCAGAAGUAUGUCCCCAUCUUUAGCUCCAUCAAGAAAUCAAAGGCAUCCACGUUCUUUGGGACAACAAGAUCGUUCAAGUUCUGCACCUAAUGUUUGUUUCAAUAUGGUAAAACCAAGUGGAGAAUCUGCUAAUUUAGACGAAUAUAGUAGAUCUCAAAGUUUAGGUCGCCCUAUUGGUAUCACACAAAGUGCAGUAUCACCUGGUAGUAGCCCAACGAAACAUAGUCAAUCAACACAGGCUAGUCCCACUAGUACUUUAAGGCCAAAAAGACCAAGAGCAAGAUCAGCUGAUGAAUCGUCUAAAAAUCUCUUAGCACCUAGAGAAUCCAUAGAAGAUUGGGAAAUACCAGCAGAUGAAAUCUUAAUAGGUGCUCGUAUUGGAUCAGGUUCCUUUGGAACAGUGUACAAAGCACAUUGGCAUGGUCCUGUAGCUGUAAAGACACUCAACGUUAAAAUACCCACUGCUGCUCAGUUACAAGCAUUUAAAAAUGAAGUUGCAGUUCUACGUAAAACACGACACGUAAAUAUUCUUUUAUUUAUGGGAUGCGUCAGCAAACCAAAAUUGGCAAUUGUUACUCAAUGGUGUGAAGGUUCUUCGCUAUAUAAACAUUUACAUAUAUUUGAGACAAAGUUUGAUCUAUUCACAUUGAUAGAAAUUGGAAGACAAACUGCACAGGGAAUGGAUUAUUUGCAUGCAAAAAAUAUCAUUCAUCGGGAUUUAAAGAGUAACAAUAUAUUUUUGCACGAUGACCUCACGGUAAAAAUUGGAGACUUUGGCUUGGCUACAGCAAAAACAAGAUGGUCUGGUUCUCAACAAUUCCAUCAACCAACUGGAUCUAUUCUCUGGAUGGCACCAGAAGUCAUAAGAAUGCAAGAAGAAAAUCCAUACAGCUUUCAGUCCGAUGUUUACGCAUUCGGCGUUGUUUUAUUUGAAUUAUUAUCUGGUCAGUUACCAUAUUCGCAUAUUAAUAACAAGGAUCAGAUAUUGUUUAUGGUUGGACGUGGAAACUUACAUCCAGAUUUAAAUAAAUUGCGUUCAGAUACUCCGAAGGCACUGAAGAGACUGACAGAGGAUUGCAUUAAAUUUUCCAGAGAAGAAAGACCGAUAUUUCGUCAAAUUUUAGCUAAUUUAGAAGGUCUUUCACGAGGAUUACCUAAAAUAACGAGAUCGGCAUCUGAACCAAACUUAAACAGGACGCAGCUACAAUCAGAUGAUUUUGUAUACACUUGUGCUUCGCCAAAAACUCCAGUGAACUUCCAGUUUGGAGCAUUUUCCUUUUAUCCUUCUGGUGGAAACAUAUAAAAUUAUCACCCAAAGUAAC